AUGUCUGAAGACGAUAUCGACAACCUUGGGGCGGAUGGCCCCGUCAACCCCGUACGCAUUGACCGCGACCGCCGAGCACCGCGCUUCAGCUGGACCCCAUCCUACGAGACGACCUUCUUCCGAAGCCUCUGCGAGAGCGUCCAGCUCGGCCUGCGCGAGAAUAGCAGUUUCAAAGCCGAGGCGUGGGAGCGGGCCGCCCAGGCCCUCCAGGCCACGCACGGCGCCUACCCAGCCAAGAGCCAUCUCAUAAACAAGAGUGACAACGCACGCAAGAGGUUUCGUCUCUGGAGAGGGCUGCGCGAGGAUCCUGAUUUUUUGUACGACCCAAUUAUGAGGACGGUGACGGCCACGGAGGACGCGUGGAAGGCACAUAUUGAGGUACGGCCCAAUCUUCUGAGUUUCUGCCAGGUUUCCCUGCCAAUUAAGCUUCUCAAAGAACCCCUUUCUCGAGCCUUGCGAGGCCGGCCGUUCGAUCAUGAAGAUUUUAUGGAGAUUUUAUAUCCAGACGUGAUAGGCUCGGGCGGUGCGCCGAAAAGAAUAAUGAAGCCACGGCGGCGGACAGACGGAGCACCUGCCGACGACGCAGAGAUGCCGGGAACGGGCGUAUUGAACUUGCAAGGAAACGCAAAGUCCCCUGGGGAUGGCACCACGUCGAACGGUGUGCAGCAGCAGAGACCGACACUCAGCCAGACUCCUACAGGAUCGUCGAACGGAUCGAUAGGACAACAGCAGACGCAGGUGCAGGCCCCGACGGCAGCAGUACCGUUACCGACCGUGGUAACGCCAGCCACAUCAAGCGCAUUGACACCUCCAGACGAGACGUUGACUGGCCAGGUUCAGCUGGGACGGAAGAGGAGACAGCCCGAUUCGACCGGAUCACCGCCAUUGGCCAGUACAGCACCAACCUCAGGAGGAUCAGCCGCGGCAUCAUCCAGCAGUGUAAUCCCGGCAGAGAAGCGGCGGCGAACGAGCGCACAAGAUCUUCUUACGCCAUCCACAGCUGUCACUUCCGUACCGCCCCCUAAUGUGGGCGGCCAUAUACAGCAGACCGCGUCAGGUGCCCAACUACCCUUAAUAGAGGAACUCCUAGAGGCUCUCAAGGCACGGUCGGCCCCGCGAUGGCGGGAGCAGGCGCUGGACAUCUUCUUCCAGGAGUUCUCCGAGGAAGAGCUAGACCUGCAGGUGAAGAUUUCUGAGAACGUGCUGAGCAUCGAGAAUAAAGCCAUGGUCUUUUGCAAAAUGCCGAGAAACGUUCGGCAACACUGGGUUGGCAAGUUCCGCGAGUUGCACCAGCUGAACAAAACAUCAUAA